AGGAGCUUGAGAUGGAGUUAUUGCGAGCGCCAACGAUCUGGCAGUUGGGGAGGGCGCUCCUUGGCCGAUUCUUGUGGAAUCUAAUCAAAGGUUGUCCCUCUGAGUUGCUGCGGGGUUAAUCUGAUGCCCCCACUAGAAAUAGCCCAGUCCUAUGCACUGGGAAGCUUCCGCUGAAUUGAGACGCAUUUCCACUAGUCAUGAUUUAUAUUUCAUUUCUCUCCAGCAGAUCUUUUUCUUUAUGUGUUAUGUCAAUGUUUAUCUUCGUGAUAUCAAAUAAUAUAUGAGUUUCUUACUUAGCACUAUGCAUUGAUUUACCUGUCUACUGAGUUGCAGUGGAGUGUGGAGUCCCGUCUUAAGUUUGCGUGCCUC